AUGUCUAGCGGUGAGAUAUAUCAGGAGCUUGUAUUGUCGGCAGAAGAGUCAUUGGCGAUAGAAUACACGUUCACUGCUGCGUUAGCCAUGGCCGUCUACGACUACGUAUGGAACCUCACCAUCCCACUGUCUAAUCAAACAUGCAAGCGCAAUCACUUCCUGAAACGCCAUGAUGAAUCUGAUGGAGUCUUUUUUCCAGGCUUCGCUCUCUGGACACUCUCUCAAUUAGUCACCACCAUUAUCAUGUUUCUAUUGCAAGCUACCCAAGCCUUCAAUGUGUCCAUAAUAUGCCAUUUAAUUGCAGUGGGGUACCAUGUAAACGUGGAAAUCGAUUUCUUCGGAUUUAACAGCUGUAACCUUGAGCUUCCUCCAUCCAUUAUGUGGAGCACUCCAGCCACGUGCGCAAUUUUACUAGCCUACGAACUCUUCCUUUGUGGGCUUGUGUUACGUGUGUUUUUUGCGAUGCUAUUUAAUUCUGUGUCGCAACUUCUACCCGACAGCGCGGCACUCGUUCUCACCUGCAUAAGUGGUGUACUUCAAACAGUAGUGAUCAACAUGAUUGGUCCAUGGAUGAUACUCAACCUUCGAAGCAGCUACUGA